AUGACAACUAGGGAAGAUGAACAAGUAUGUGCCCUAAGCGCCGCCGACAGGGAGCAGCUGGCAGGCUUCGCGAAAGAUGGCGCCGUCUCCAGUAGUCGAACUUCCCCACGAAACUUUACGCAAGCCUGCAGGAUUCUAGGAACCUUCUUCGUCUUCUUCAUCACAUGGGGCGUGGCAUCUUCCUUCAGUGCAUACCAGGCCUUCUAUGAGCAGGACCUGCUUGCGGACCAUACUCCCUCUGUCAUAUCAUGGAUUGGCACUGUCCAAGUCUGUUUGCUGGGCUUCACGGGGAUCGUCUCAGGUGCUCUAUAUGACCGCGGUUAUAUCCGAACCUUGUUGGUGGUGGGAGGCACCAUGGUUGUCUUUGGCUUUAUGAUGCUGAGCCUUGCGAAGGAGUACUAUCAGGUCAUCCUCGCGCAGGGUGUGUGUGUUGGCCUCGGCAGCGGCAUGAUUUAUAUCCCGUCGAUCGCAGUCAUCAGCCAGACAUUCACUGCCAAACAACGUCCUCUUGCGAUCGGCGGAUCUUCAUCUGGAGCAGCCAUAGGCGGGAUCGUGCUGCCCAUCAUGUUCCGCCAACUGCAGCCCGAGAUAGGCUUCGGCUGGGUCAACCGUAUCUUUGGGUUCAUAAUCCUCGCCAUGAUAGUAGCCACCUACUUCCUCCUUCGACCCGAUCCGACGCAUCGACGUCCCAAAGGACCGUUGUUUGAUCCUUCUGCCAUUAGGGAGCCACCAUUCGUGGUGUUGUUUGGAGGCUUGUUCUUCGUUUUCCUCGGCUACUGGGUGCCUCUGAUUUUCGUCACACCCUAUGCCCAGUUUUCGAUCAAGACGAGCGUCUCCUACGCCUUCUACCUUUUGGCUAUCCUCAAUGCAGGCAGCUUCGCCGGUCGGAUCCUUCCUGCCCUGGUCGCGCACAGAGUUGGCCCCGCCCUCGUCCUCUCAGCCGGGAGUGUCUGUCUGGGCGUUCUGAUCCUAGGAUGGAUAGCUAUCCACGACAUUGCUGGCAUCACGGUAUGGGCCGUUCUCGUGGGGUUCAUGGCAGGCAUCACUGUUGCCAUCCCGGCGGCAGUCGUCCCUCUCAUGUCCCCGACACCGAGCGUCGUCGGCGCAAGGACCGGUAUGGCUUGGUCAGGCGCUGCUUUCGCGGGCUUGAUAGGUACGCCGAUUGCUGGUGCCCUCGUCGACACCACAACCGACAACUACACACACGGCCAAGCGUUCGGGGGCGCUGCCAGUCUGUUCGGAGGCUUGCUUCUCAUCUAUCCCGCUGUGACGAUUGCUAGGGGGAACAAGCGCUACCGUACGCCAACUCGGCCGCAAGCAAACAUGGAAACAUCCUUGCAGCCAAUCGAGCUUGGUAAGAGCGGAUCGGAAUGA